AUGACAUCUCGACAGUCACUCCCGUCUCACACUCAAUCCCGUCCGUCACUCAAUCUUGUCGUUCACAGACUGCUGUCGCUCAUCUGCUUCCGUCAUCCACACUCGCCGGAGGCACAUAUCACUCACUCAAUCCCGUCACUCACUCACACCCGUCGCUCACUCACUCCCAUCGCCCACUCACACCCGUCGCUCACACACUCCCGUCGCUCACUAACUCCCAUCGCUCACUCAAUCCCGUCGCUCACACACUCACUCCUGUUCCGCCUUCACUCCCAUCGCGCUCUCACUCCCGUCGCGCUCUCACUCCCGUCGCGCUCUCACUCCCGUCGCGCUCUCACUCUCGUCGCGCUCUCACUCCCGUCAUCCACACACGUCGCAGGCACAUGUCACCCACACGCGCCAUACACGACUCAAUCACACAUGUCCCUCUCCCAUCCCUCCUCCAGUCCCUCUCUUCUCCUCUCCUCCCUUGCCUCUUCCUUUCCCUACGCGAUGCUCCCUCUUCCCGACGCGAUGCUCCCUCUUUCUUACGCGAUGCUCCCCCUUCCCUACGCGAUGCAACCCUUUCCUUACGCGCUGCUCCCCCUUCCCUACCGCUGCUCCCCCUUCCCUACCGCUGCUCCCCUUUCCGUACGCGCUGUUCCCCCUUCCCUACGCGCUGUUCCCCCUUCCCUACGCGCUGCCCCCCCUUCCCUACGCGCUGUUCCCCCUUCCCUACGCGCUGUUCCCCCUUCCCUACGCGCUGCCCCCCCUUCCCUGCGCGCUGCUCCCCUUCCCUACGCGCUGCUCCCCUUCCCUACGUGCUGCUCCCCCUUCCCUACGCGUCACACACGACUUGCCCACACAUGUUCCCAUCACCCCUCUCCUCCCUUCCCUUUCCUCUCCUCUCUUCCCUUUCCUCGCUGUCCACCUCCUUCCCUUCCCUGUCUUCGCCUUGCCUCCCCUCCCACUCAUCCCCACUCGCUUCAGUCCCGCAUUCGCUCCUGUCGUUCUCUUCCCUCCCGUCCCUCCUUUCCCUCUCCGGUUCUCGUCGUCCGUCCCUCGUUCGCAUCGCUCACUCGAUCCGUCGCGCACUCCCCCCAUCGCUCGAAUGAAGGCACCGUCCACACAGGGCAACCGCCUUGCAUCGGGCCUGUUGCUCACACACUUACAUGUGACAUUCACUCCCGUUCCACACACUCACUCCUUUCCGCUCCUCUCUCUUUCCCCAUGUCCUUCCCUCCGUUUCCCCUCUUGCCCCUUCCCCCCCUUUCCCGUGUCCUUCCCUCCGUUUCCCACCUUGUCCCUCCCUCCACAUCCCCCUGCCUUUCCCUCCGUUCCCCCCCUUGUUCCUCUCUCUCUCUUUCCCUGUCUCCGUUUCCCACCUUCCCCCUCCCUCCCUUUCCUCCAUUCCUAACUGCUCCUACCCUCCCCUCCUUCUCAUCACUCGUGUUUUCCGUUCUUCUGAUCUCCGCCCUUAUUCCCACACCCCACCCCUCCCCGUCACCCACACACGUCGCAUGCACAUACCACUUACAUCUUCCCUCCUCCCACCUCCCCUCCUCCCACCUUCCUUUGCUCCUACUCUCCCUUCCCUCUGUCCCGCGCACCUCUCUUCCGCCAUCUCUCCGCCCUUCUCUCACUGAACCCUCUCCUCCUUGGUCUUCUCAAGUUGCGCCCGACUUACGCCUCACGAAAAGGAUGUGCAGCGCCACAACUCUCCUUCCGCAGUUGUGA